GGGAGUGAGUGGUCCACACCAAACAGCCCUCUCGCCAACUGAGAUCUCAGCGUAACGUCCACCCGCACCUGGCGUGGUUUCCUUCCCAAGCCAUGGGACGUUCCCCGGCAGCACUCCCUCGCCUCGUGCUCGUGGUUGCAACACUCUGCCUCCUGAGCGCCCCAAACACAGUGGUGCUGCGCGUUGACGCGCAGUCCCGAGACUGUAGUGACCUCCUACUGGCCUGCGACGAGAGCGAUUUCUGCAGCGCGUGCCUUGCUUCCACGAGCGAGCCGGCUUACGCGGCCUGCGAAUCGGCACUCCCUUCGGACCUCUUCGUGUGCCAAUACGCGGAGUACAAUGUCUGCUGCUACAACGAGGCGUCGGGCAACGACUGCGUCGGCGACCCGGUGACGUACGCGUACCUCGAGUGCCUCUGGGACACCACCGACUCGUGCGAGGACGACGACUGGACCUGCAGCGGCAGCUUCACCGCGGCGCCCACGCCUGCCCCCUCGGAGCUAACGGUCAGCGCUAGCGUGGCCCCGACCGCCAGCGGCGAUAGCGAGGACACCGACACGACCUCGGGGGGAAGCGCCCUGUUCUCGACUAGUGUCGGCCGUGUCGCGACGGGCCUGCUCGCGUUCUGCGCCGCUGCCGCAGCCGUGGUUGUGUAGUGGAACUGAGGGGAGUGCUGCUGCCGCACGCGUGCAGCUCGGUUCCUAAGCGUGUUCCCGAUACGUCUGAUGCACAGAUCAGUGUCAUCAAGGGGUGAUGAUGGAAAAUGACAAAAAAAACAACAACAGCUACAGGUAGCUGUGCUGGCUGCAAGCUGCCAGUUGGUUGGGACUUUUCCCUCGAUAAGAGAGAGAGACGGGUGCCGGGUUAUGACCCAGGUGUUGCUGCAGUGCUCAACCAAAUGUCGGGGAUCGCCCGGUACCAUAUAUUUCGACCGCGCAUUGAUUGGAAUAGUCAGAUCGGCCGGUUUUGCUUGAGUCUGCUAUGUUGUGCGUAGAGAUACGCUUCCGAUUGCUGUUUUUGGGUGCCGCUCUGUUUUCUUUGCGGUGUUUGUAGUAC